AUGACGGUCACCUUUGAUGUACCGCCCUACGUCUUGUCCCCAUUGGACCACACCAUUCCAAAGAUCUACGUCUCCUUUUUUCUGUCUUUUGCGCUAGAAAAUAUAGAUGAUGGUCUUCUAUCAAUCAAGAUAGGCAUCGUCAAACUUCUACAUCGUCUUCCAUAUCUAGCAGGAGAUAUAAUCCUGCACGAAAAGGCGGAUGGGCAUGAGAAUCUUCAGUCCGUGGUGGAUCCGGACAAAGAGAUAAAUCCUCUACCAAUGCUGCAAGUAAAAUACCACCCAGAACUCUCUCUCAGAGAGAUUGCAUCCAAAAAAGUCAGGAGUGGUAUGGAAAAUUUACAUCUGGCAAAGAAAUGCGCGCCGCUGCCUGAUUUCAUCAAUCCACAGGAAAGACGACCAAUCGUACGAUUUGCCGCCAACGUCAUGGAAGACGGCAUUCUUCUAGCCAUGACGAUCAAUCAUUCCUUUUUUGAUGGCAGUGGUGCAGGGACGAUUUUGGAAGCGCUAGCUGAGUGUUGUCGAACACCCAAUCGUGAUCUGAGUUCGCCGAUUUUCACUUUGUCGGAUCAGAUUUCACGAGAGGGUAUGGCCCUUCUCAGCGUUGGUGUGGAUGCAGACAUCGACCAUUCAAAGUCAUACAAUGCCGCCGGAACCGUUCCGUGUCUUUCAUCAGCUGGAUGGUCCACUAUGGUGGAAUCAUUUGCCACCAACUUGACAAGUUGUCGGCUUCAGCUAUCAGCCCAAAAACUUAAUGAUCUAAGAGACGCAUGUAAUCGGAUUCUUUCCGAUACAAAAUGUGCGGACUGGCCAUCGUACGUAUCGAGUAAUGAUGUUGUGUCCGCUCUUAUUGCCAUAUGUCGGGGCAAAUGCCACAGCAAAAAAGACAGUCAUGAUACUGAGUUAACCACGAUUGUCAACCUGCGUUCUCGAGUCGAGCCGCCUUUCCCGGACCACUAUUUGGGAAACAUGAUUACUGCAGUCCGCUCUCUCGUUGGCUUGGGCUCAUCAGAGGAUAAAUUACACAUUCGCAACCCCUCUCAGGCUGGCAAGCUGGGCAUCACACCCGAAGAUUUGGUACAAAUCAGCAUGACUGCAGCUCGAAUCCGACAAAGUGUCCUGGCCAUUGACAAUCGCUAUGUGCGAAGUCUAUUUGGAUACUUGCCCCAACAAAAAGCUUGGAAUGCAAUCAAUAUGCAGGCAUCAGAUUUCUCUGUCUCCAGUUGGCGAGACUGGAAGGUGUAUGAUUUUGAUUUCGGGCCGGACUUAGGGAGCGUCUCUCAUUUCCAAAUGCAUUUUGGGCUAAAUGAUGGCUUGACUGUAAUAAUGCCAGCAGGAGCUGCACCUUCUGCGGGGUCUUCUACCAAGCGCAAGAAGAUCGGAGCGAGCUGGGACAUGCAGCUGAUGAUCCAGACCACCGAUUUGUCUUCGCUGACAAGUAGUCCGUUGUUUCAAUGGGCGUUUGGUGACCUCGGGCGAACUUAA